AUGGCGUCAGCUUAUAGAAAAUGUUCAUAUAGUAUAUGGAAGGGUGCUCCUGAAACUAUCCAGGGUAGACUCACAGAUUUGCCACCAUCGUAUAUCGAAACCUACAAGAAAUAUACACGUCAGGGGUCUCGUGUCCUGGCCCUUGCUUUUAAGUCCCUUCCAGACAUGACAGUUAGCGAAGCAAGAAGCUUGGAUAGAGAUUUUGUGGAGAGUGGCCUUACUUUUGCUGGUUUUGCGGUAUUUAAUUGCCCUAUUAGAGCAGAUUCGGCCACCAUUUUGUCUGAAUUAAAGAAUUCGUCCCAUGACUUGGCGAUGAUCACUGGUGACCAAGCAUUGACAGCUUGCUAUGUUGCUAGCCAAGUACAUAUUGUUUCAAGGCCAGCACUAAUUCUUAGUCCCUCGAAGAAUGGUAGAGGAUAUGAAUGGAUAUCGCCUGAUGAAACAGAGAUCAUUCCAUACAGUGAGAAAGAGGUUGAAGCUUUAUCAGAGACUCAUGAUCUCUGUAUUGGAGGUGACUGCAUUGAAAUGUUACAACAAACUUCUGCUGCUCUACGAGUCAUUCCUUACGUGAAGGUUUUUGCGAGAGUUGCUCCUAAGCAAAAAGAACUAAUCAUGACUACUUUUAAAACGGUGGGAAGGAUCACAUUGAUGUGUGUGGAUGGUACUAAUGAUGUUGGAGCUCUGAAGCAGGCACACAUAGGGGUUGCUUUGUUGAAUGCUGUGCCUCCAACUGAAGACAAAGCCUCAUCAUCAGAAACAUCUAAAGAUGAAAACACAAAGUCAGGUAAAUCAAAGAAAUCUAAGGCUGCAUCAGAAGCUGCUAGCCGACCUAUCAGUCAGAAUGGAGAAGGCUCUUCUACCGGCCACACCGCUGGUAAACACCAUCAGGUGGCUGUUGAGAUGCAACGACAGAAGCUGAAGAAGCUGAUGGAUGAGAUGAAUGAGGAGGGUGAUGGUCGUGCUGCUCCGAUUGUCAAGCUUGGGGAUGCCUCUAUGGCGUCACCAUUUACAGCAAAGCAUACAUCAGUUGCUCCAACAACAGACAUAAUUUGUCAGGGACGUAGUACUCUUGUGACAACCCUUCAGAUGUUCAAAAUACUCGGACUAAAUUGCCUUGCCACAGCAUAUGUGUUGAGUGUUAUGUAUUUGGAUGGUGUCAAGCUCGGUGAUGUCCAGGCUACAAUCAGCGGUGUCUUUACAGCUGCUUUUUUCCUAUUCAUAUCACAUGCCCGCCCUCUUCCUACUCUGUCAACUGCACGGCCCCAUCCUAAUAUUUUCUGCCUAUAUGUCUUCCUUUCUCUCAUGGGACAGUUUGCAAUUCACUUGCUUUUCCUGAUGUCUUCUGUGAAAGAGGUAGAAAAGUACAUGCCGGAUGAAUGCAUUGAACCAGACUCAGAUUUUCAUCCCAAUCUCAUGAAUACAGUUUCAUAUAUGGUGAGCAUGAUGCUCCAGGUGGCCACUUUUGCUGUAAACUACAUGGGCCGUCCUUUCAACCAGAGCAUCUCCGAAAACAAACCAUUUUUGUAUGCUCUGAUAGCUUCCGUUGGUUUCUUCACAAUCAUUACAUCUGAUCUAUUUAGGGACUUAAAUGACUGGUUGAAGUUGGUGCCUUUGCCAUGGGGAUUAAGGGAUAAACUUUUGAUUUGGGCUUCUCUCAUGUUUUUGAGCUGUUAUUCAUGGGAGAAAUUUUUGAGGUGGGCAUUCCCAGGUAGAGUUCCAGAGUGGAAGAAACGACAACGUGUGGUUGCAGCUAAUUCGGAUAAGAAGCAUGUUUGAACCACCAGAACCUUAUAUGUGGCAUUUUCGGGCGUGUCGAGCCCUUUGGUAAAGGCCAUGAUAAUUGGUGUUGAUGUUGUGAGUAACGCGACGCCGCUAGAGUACUACAAAGGAUAUAUGGCUUCAGUAACUUGGGUUACUUAUCAGUUACCUGAUUAAUUACUGGGUUCUGCCCCUUCAUUUAGUUGCAAUUUUUGCUAAUUCUAAAUUUUGCUGUUGAAGAGGUGGGAAAUCUUCUAGGAAUUUCGGCUUCUAAAUCUGGUGAUUUUAAGUUUUUUUAGCACAGGAAAAGUUAAUGGUUGACAUUCGAAACUACUGUAAAUCCCAGAAUUAGUAAAAAUAUUAAUACAUUUCUAAAGUUGUCGAUAUCUAGGGCUGCUUUGAUUCUUUUGGUUUUGA